GAGAGGUCAGCCUCCAGGCGCCUUGAAGACACCUCCCCAUACGAUGACGACAUUGAAGACAUGCCCGAAUCGCCAAAGCGAUAUCGGGAGGUCUAUGCUGAUGACUUCAUCACCCAGGACUUGCAGGCUCCCCUCAGCACGCUGCCGGUGCAAACUGCGAAACUCCUGCUGCAGAUCUUUUCCGAGAGCCCCUCAACAUUUUACCAAAGCCUGGAGGAUCCCAACCUGGAUCUAUGCCAUGAAAUCUCCAGGGAAGAAAUGAGAGAAGCUGUUGAGAGACUGAAAGGAGUUUCUGCAGCAGAGGAAGGGAAGGCGAUUUUGGCCAGCUUCUCUGAAGACACCCCGAAUUUGACAAUCUUUGAAGUUUGCUCGCGAGUGGGCCGUGGAGACUUGCUGCGCGAUCUGCAAUCUGCAGCUCAAGCGCGGCUAUUGUCAUUGAUCUUGAAGGGUACGGCCACAAUGCAGCAGGUCAUCCGGCUCCUGCGGGCUGGCGCCGAUCCCACGAGACAAAAUCUGAGUUGUUUCGUGAACCUUAAGGGUGAGGCAAAGCGGACCAAGAUUGAAGUCGGUCCGGACCGAUCUGGAAGUCACCGUGGUGCUUUGAUGUCAGGCACACCGCUGCACUGGGUUUGCUGGGCGGCUAGCAGACUACAAGCUGCCAGCGGCCCCUUGUCUGCUGCCAGACAGCAGCACUACCUGGAAAUUUCCAGAUGGCUCUGUGACAUCGCGCCCAUGGCACUGUUCUUGAAAAACGACAACCAGCAAACACCCCUGGAGUUGCUGAUGGCGAACACGCCCUCCCGUGACGAACUGCGUUGCGGCCGCUGUGGUCAGACAGGUCAUGUGGAGAAGGAAUGUCUCAGAGAACCUGCGAAACCCAGU